GGAUAUAAAGAGCCUCCACUUGCCUUGUUCCUCCUCACCUCUCCCUGAUACUUCACUCACCGCUGGAGCCCAGAACACAAAGGAGAAGCCAUGAGGAACACACUGCUGAGGAUGCUGGUUGCCCUGAUGUGUGCGCUGGCUGUCUGUGCCGAUGUCACGCCUGUACAAGACUUUGACCUGCAGAAGAUGGCAGGCAAGUGGUACAUGGUGGGCUUUGCUACUAACGCUCAGUGGUUUGCAACCAAUAAAGCAGGAAUGAAGAUGGGCACUGCCGUAAUAGUGCCAACUGCUGGAGGAGACCUUGACCUCUCUUAUGCAAACCUGAAUGCUGAUAAUUCCUGCUGGAGAAUGACUCACCUUGCCAAGAAAACCGACACUCCCGGACGUUUCACCUUCCAUAGCCAGGUUUGGAACAAUGACAACGACAUGAGCAUUGUUGAUGUCGUGUACGAUGACUACGCUCUGGUGCACACUAUCAAGACAAAGAACGGAGUGUCUGAGGUCCUCAACAAGCUUUACAGUCGCUCUACUCAGGCCAGCCCCGCCCUGCAGCAGAAGUUCACUCAGCUUUCCCUUGAUACUGGCGUCCUAGCUGACAACAUCGCCAUCUUGCCUGAAAAUGCUGAGUGUCCUGCGGUUUGAAGAGUCCCCUGCUGUCUUCCAACCUUUGUCUCUUGCUCUCUGAAGUCCCAGGCUUUACUUUCAGCCUUAAUUUCUCCCCUCGCUGUGAUGUCUGCAUCAUCACAAAGCUACACCUGAGACAAUGAAUCUAAAGCAUUCUUCUCCAAUCCCUGCUGCAUACCAAAGACCAAUCCUGAUUCAGGCUUAAUUCCCUGCAACUUACGCAUUAACUGUGGCAUCUGAGUGGUACAACAAAGGGCUGAUGGUGAAACAAAGGGAAAAGAACAAAUGAGACUGUGAAAGCUGACCGUUUGAAUUGUGUCUUUUGCAACUGCUGAUUUUCUUUUGUAGUGUUUUAUCUUUUGUUAAAAUAAACCUGUAAAAAGAAAAAAUGAA